AUGUGCAAUUCACUNUCCCUGGAAAUUAAAGCCAGUCCAAAAGUGCAAGCUUUCAUUGGUGAACAAGUAUCGCUGAAAUGCUCAUUCAAAUCCAGUUCUCCCAUUACUGAGAGCCUGACGGUAGACUGGACGUACCGGCCCCUCACAGGUGGUCAGAUGGAGACAAUUUUUCAUUAUAAGUCUCUUCCAUACCCAGCUGCAGUGGGAAAGUUCAAAGACAGGAUAUCUUGGGUUGGAAAUGUUGCCAAGGGCGAUGCUUCCAUUGCUCUCCAAAGCCCAGUGAUGAGUGACAACGGGACGUUCAUCUGCAGCGUGAAGAAUCCUCCAGACGUGUACCAUAACAUUCCCAAGACAACGCUGAUAGUCACGGAGAGGGGCCUUUCCUUCCAGCUAACUUCAGCGACGCUGCUCUCCAUUUUAGUAUUUCUCCCCUCCAUCACUGUGGUCGUUCUGCUGUUGGUAAGGAUGGGAAGAAAAUUUGGAGUGCUGAAGGAGAAAAAAAAAUCUGGCUAUAAGAAAUCCUCCAUUGAAGUGUCUGAUGAGCCUGAACAUACAGAGACAGGCAACUGCUUGGGGAAAUGCAGAGACUGGUGUCUGAACUGCGUGGACACGGAUGAGGAAGACCCAUACUGA